AUGCCACCAUUUCGCGUUACCAAGAUGUCGAGGAACACAAAGAGGAUAUUUAGAGAGUACAAAGUUCACUCCAAUGUUGAUGCAACAUUCAAGGCAAUGUCCAAACAUUUGACCAUGCAUGGCUUCGACGUUGAUCUUCCAUUUGUGCCUGAGUGUUCAGGUUUCUAUCCAAACAUUUCAUCCUCACCGUGCUCCGAGACGUUCAAGCAUUUGAACGGCUUUCCUGCUGACGCAAGCGGGUAUUUCAUGGAGUACAUUCGCCCUUUGAAUGAACAUCAUACCAAGUAUCUCAUCAAACGGUACUUGACUCGUACCGCCCAGGGCCAAGCUCUCAGUACCUGCCAGUCCAAACAUUUUCUCGCAAAGGUCUAUCUGGGGGAUACAAAACCACUGUCUGAUCCAUGGAACACUGACAUGCACGACCGGCCAGCUUAUCUGGACCACCUGCUUGCGGAGCGCGUCGAAGUAUCGUAUCUUGCUGCCUCUAUGGGUGCGACGCUCGCAAUACUUCACUGGAGCUGUGGCGUCGAUGCCCGAGGUGUUGAAUUUGUCCUGGGGAGAGACACCCGAGGCCACGUGCAGUUCUGGUUGAUUGAUUUUGCCGAUUGUGCGACUUUCCCCAAAACUCCCGAGGCAGUCGUCACGCAACUUGUAGAUGCAGUGAUGGAGAAUGAGCCGUUCUGGCCACGCUUUAUAAACAUCCAAGCCCUGAGAAAGCUCUGGGCAUGUUUCAGAGACGCUUACCUAGAAAUGAGCGAUUUUAUCAUGACUGACGCAAUGAUUGAUUACGACAAUGAUGCUGUGAGAGCAUUGCCAUACUUAUUCAUGAUGGAGUUGGAAAAAAUAAGAGGUUCAGGUCAACUUCUGGCAUAG